GCAGACGUAUGAUACCGUCUACUUAUAUUACUGGUGUAACCGUGGCAGUGGAUUACGGUUAUACGUGACUGCGCGUUGUAUCGCUUGACGAGAUUGAACGUUAUUCCGUACAGAAUCGUCGUUAAUAAAAGAACACAAUAGUGAUGGCGAAGCUGGUGAACGUUUGGCGGGACGAUGACCCGGUUGAUUUGACGCGAAGACAAAUGCCGUUGAUUGUCGAUGAGAAUCUCACGAUGAUUAUGGAUAUAAAUGGUUUAGGAGCAAUGAGUGAUAACCCAUUGGUACGUGGUAAACAGCUUGAUGAAUUUACUAAAAAGCUUGAUAUGCUUACCAAGGAUGAAAUUAAAGCAUCGUUUGAAGUAACAUGCAAGGAUAUGCUUGCAAUUUUGGGUCAAGCUGUACCAUGUGUUGGCUGUAGGAGAAGUGUUGAAAGAUUGUUCUAUGACCUCAUGAAAUCAGGGCAUCCAGCUUUAGAUCCUUUAGUAAUUACACCAGAAGGUUUAUUGUCGAUAAACGAUGAUGUUUUGGAGUCACCACAAUUAUUAUGUACAAUGUUACAAGGACACAGCACGAGGUUAAACAGUUUAGUUGAAAGGCAACCUAGAAAUAAAAAAUCACGAAGAUGUGUAUUACACUCGUUAGAAAUUCAACGUAUGAGACCUCUUCCAAGUGCAUGGAGAGAGGUAUGGGAUUGUAUGGAACCACCGUGUCGUCAAGAACUUGCUCUAAUAGAAACUGAUACUCUUGAUGCUACCUUGGAUACAUAUUUACGUAAACAUCGAUUCUGCGGUGAAUGUCGUACAAAAGUAGUACUGGCAUCUUCUUUGUUAACAACAGAGCCUGAACCAGCAAAAGAAACAGGCUAUGUUGCUGCCCUAUAUUCUGGGAUCAAACGUUGCAUACGAGACAGACAUGUACAUUUACCUACUAGCACAGAUUAUAUUAAUACCUUAAUUGGGCGUGCUCAACCAGAACUGAUGGGAAGGGAACGACACGCAAAGACAUUAGAAAUAGCUCAGGAAGAGGUACUUACAUGUUUAGGAAUAUGUGUUGCUGAACGUUUGCAUAGGGUUCAUCGACGAUUAAGGGAAGAAGAAACUGUGUGCAAAGUGUUAGCUGCUGUUGCAGUAGAUGCAUUAUCCAGGAAUUUUCAAAUGGCUGUAGAAGUUAAGCAAGGUAUUUCUCAAUUGGAACUCCUUUAUGAAGAAUUAACGAGAGAAGAAAUAGCAAAGAAACAACGACGAGAAAAGUUACGUUUGAAACGCAAGAAGAAGAAGGAACGCCGUUACGAGACAGAAGAAAAGGAAAAUACAUGUGAUUGUUCAAGCAAAACACAAAGUGGUGACAGUGAAACGCAGUGUGUUUGUGCGGAUUCAAAACCCACAACACAAAAUAUAGACAGACAUAAGUUACAAGUAUUAGAUCCAAAAAAUAAGGGACCACCCACGUGUAAAUGUCCAGACUGCAUAAAGAAAUCAAAAUCUAAUAUAUCACAAUCACAAAGUCAAACUCAGUUAGCAUUCCCCAAAAAAAUAUCAAACUUACAAAAGAAUGGAAUUAAGAAAGUUUCGUCUGAAUCAAAACCAAAGGUUACUACAAAUCAAACGAAAAAAAGUAACGUUUCUAUUAAAAAUCUUUCCGAAGAAGAACUGUCUGAAACUUGCGAGUCGUGUAAGGAUUGUUCGGAGAAAAUUGUAGAUGACCACUGGCAUAGUCUAGAAGACUGUAAGGACCCAAUGGCUAAAGACAUAGUGGAUGCUUGGAUAGGAAAACCAAGCAAAAGAUACAUGUGGAUAGAAAUGAAAAAACGUUUCGGAUUGUCAAUCUCGGAAAGGAAAAGCCGUUCUUCAAGUGAACAAUCGUCGCAAGAUUGUGGUUAUUCUUCGGAACACAAUAUUAGCAGUUCUUCUCUUCCUAGUACACCAGAAGGAUCGGAAGUAGCUUGCAGCGAUGGAUGUUGUAACCACGAAAGAGAUUGUCACGACAUGCAAUCAUCUGAUAAACUUCUUCAUUCCAAUUCUAGCAUCUCAUUACUAAAGGAAAAGGGAGGCGGUCUGACACUUACACAGAUGUUAGAAGAAUCCUAUUUAUCAGAUGACGAAGAAAAAGAGAGUUAUAUUCCGGCGGAGGAAGUAUUGGAAUUUAAAUCGCGAAUGUGUCAAGUUCUUGAGAAACGGCAAGAACUUCGUCAAACACUUAGAAAACGUUUCGCAAUUUUAUGCAGCCAUCACAAGCCCUUUACCAUUCCUAAUUAAAAUUUUUUACUAGGUACAGUUACUUAAUAGGAUACAAUCUUUCUUUCUUUCUUUUUUUUUUUUUACAUUGAUUUACUGCCAGUAGAAACACAUGAAUGCAAUAGAUGUAUUUUGGAUAACUGUUAUCGUUGGAGGACAACCUUCUUGUGUGAAUAAAAUAUCGUUGGAAAUGUACAUCGUAAAAACGUCAUAUAAUAUGGUUUAUCUGCAAGCAGAAAAUUACAUCUAAUAAUCUAGAGGUAUAUACCACGAUACAAUUAUGCUUUGAAUUUUGCAGUUUUCUACGCAGUUAAAUUCAGAAGGAUUAAAAGACAAUUUUGUAGAUGAAAAUGUAACUAUAAAUGAAUGAAAUUUAAAAUUGAAGUCGAUUAACUCUGAGAACUGGUUUCAAGAAAAUAUAAAUUAUCAGAUGUAUGUACAAAUAAAUAUAUCUGUGAAAUUGGGACCCCUCAAACUUCGGAAAGUAGGAAAAGUAGGAAGGAGUCAUGGUCGUACUAGUUAAGACUCGAGCUAAUCAUCCGAAGAUCGUUGGUUUGAGUAUCACUUGCCCGGUCCUUCUUCUUCCUAAGUUUCUACAUAUUAAUGUUCAGAGUUA